AAGGCGCAUCAAACGCGCACGUCCUCAUUCUCCACACUCAGGUGUCUGAACCACAACUUGGAUUCACAGCCUGUCCUCCCUGAGGCUCAGCACACGGAAGCACGGGAAGAGCGAUGCUUCUGACAUUAAGGACAGAUUUAUCAGCUGAAAAUCGAUAAGUAGCUUCAAGUGACUUGAACAGAACAUCAUGGGAGGAGUGGUGGUAGAUGAUGGAGGCAGUGGGGUGAAGGCCCCAGAUGGAGGAUGGGGCUGGGCCGUGCUCUUUGGCUGCUUCGUCAUCACUGGAUUUUCCUACGCAUUUCCUAAAGCUGUCAGCGUCUUCUUUAAGGAGCUGAUCCGUGAGUUUGGCGUGGGCUACAGUGACACUGCCUGGAUCUCCUCUAUUCUGCUGGCAAUGCUCUAUGGCUCAGGUCCCCUGUGUAGUGUUUUAGUAAAUCGCUUUGGGUGUCGCCCGGUGAUGAUGGUGGGUGGCCUCUUUGCUUCUCUUGGCAUGAUCUUGGCAUCGUUCGCCACCAACAUUAUUCAGAUCUAUCUCACCACUGGCGUGAUCACAGGUUUGGGUCUGGCCCUGAACUUCCAGCCUUCACUCAUAAUGCUGAAUAGAUACUUCAGUGAAAAAAGACCCUUAGCCAACGGACUGGCAGCAGCUGGGAGUCCCGUAGCACUGUGCUGUUUAUCUCCUCUGGGCCAAGUUCUCCAGUACAAGUACGGCUGGCGUGGUGGUUUUCUUAUCCUGGGAGGCCUACUGCUUAACUGCUGCGCAUGUGGAGCCCUCAUGAGGCCGUUAAUAGGGCCAAAGAAGAAUGUAGAAGAUCAGGAGGCAGCACAAGUAGAGGAAAAGCCAAAACCAAAGCACAAGUUGCUGGACUUCAGUGUCUUUAAAGACAAAGGAUUCGUCAUCUACACUAUAGCAGCAGCCAUUAUGGUGUUAGGCCUGUUUGUGCCUCCAGUGUUUGUAGUUAGCUAUGCAAAAGAGCUGGGCAAUGAAGACACCAAGUCUGCACUUCUGCUCACCAUUCUUGGCUUUAUCGAUAUCUUUGCUAGGCCUACGUGCGGUCUUAUUGCUGGAUUGAAGUGGGUGCGACCACGCUGUGUCUACUUCUUCAGCUUUGCUAUGAUCUUUAAUGGUACCACUGAUCUCAUAGGCUCCAUGUCAAAGGACUACACAUCACUUGUAAUUUUCUGCAUUUUCUUUGGUAUCUCAUAUGGCAUGGUGGGAGCCUUGCAGUUUGAGGUGUUAAUGGCUAUCGUGGGAACAGAGAAGUUCUCCAGUGCUAUCGGUCUGGUACUCCUGGUCGAGGCCGUUGCUGUGUUAGUGGGGCCACCCAGUGCAGGCCGGCUGCUGGAUGCCACUAAGGUCUACAUGUACGUCUUCCUGCUAGCCGGCUGUGAGGUGGUGCUCUCGGCUAUCGUGCUUUGCAUCUGCAACAUACUUUUUAUCAAGAAGACGCCUCCCCAGCCUGACCCUUCAGCCAAGAUGGAGAUGGCUGCGACAGACACUGAGAUGGAGCAGCUCAACAAAGUUACUCAGGAUGACCAAGAGAAUCAUGAUGGUAGGAAAGAAUCAGAGUCCAAGAAUGAACAGGAAGGAGAACAGGUUGUAAAUCAUGAGGUGGAAGCACAGAAAGAGAGCUCAGAGGACCCAGACAAGCCAGAACCAGCAGGCGAUGAAGAUGAACUUCUGGUGGACUCUGUAGAUCUUUCAAAAGAGGCAACCAAAGCAAACGGCGGUGCGGUGGAACCCGAAUCUUCUCUGUGAUCUCAAUCCCACGAGAGAAAUAGACUUAGACCAUUUCAAAAGUAAGAAAGAAAUUGAUUGCCGUCUUGUGUGUGUUCGCAUUUGAUGUUUUGGUGUUGUGUGCUUUCUCCACUGCACUGAACGAUGUCUCGUGAUUACAGGUACGUUGCUGUUUGAAUUUCAGUGGCAUUUAGAACAUUUGAACCUUUUAAGACCUUGUAUGGUGAUGGGACAAACAGACUUUUAUGCACUAAAAAUAUUUCAGUAUCCCUAACAAUAGACAUAGUACCACAAAUAUCAAGUAAGCUAUAUGUACAAGGAUGUGUAAGCAGGCAAACUAUUAUUCAAGAAGUAUUUUGGAUUAAAUUAUUCUAUUUUAUGACUUUAUUAAAAUUGCACUAGAGCAAAACAGCAACUCGGUCAUUAAGUACUCAGUAUCUAAGAAGGGAUUAGUUGGUUCAGCUGUACUAUUUAAAGGACCUACGCAGAUUUCUAAGUGUGCUGCGGAGAGAUUAUUGUAUUUUAGCUUUGUUACAAAACCAACAAGCAGUAACCAUUCAUAACUAUUAUUGUGAACAUGCUUGAUCUCUAUUGCACACAAUGUUUGCUACUGUGUAAAAUCUGUUGUCUAUAAGAAGCUUACUGUAAAGGGUUAUUUGUGGCAUAUGUCAGCACAUGUUAUGCAAAUUGUUGUUUGGGUAUAAAAGUAGCUGCUUCAA